GGCACACGCUGUCAGUAUACAGAGAUCAAGUGAGGAGUGCGCACGUAUUUUCGCAUUGAUAACAAAGUUAAUUCUUUUAAGAAAGUGUGAAUAAAAAUAGAAAUUCAAAAUGAGGAGAGGAAUGACAUUAAUUCCAAGAUUGUUUUCUCAUUGGUGGGAAGCAUUGGAACAACCACAUCGGUUAUUGGAUCAGCAUUUUGGAAGAGGAUUGCGAGCAGAUCAACUUUUUCCCUCAAUACCAUUUAGAUCAUUUCCUUAUAAUUUUUCUCGACCAUGGAUAGAUUGGGAACGAGAGGAAGAUUGUGGCUGGUCCAUAAUGAGAAAUGAUAAAGAUAAAUUUCGAGUGAUUCUUGACGUGCAACAAUUCAAACCGGAAGAAAUAAAUGUCAAAGUUAUUGAUAAUUUCAUUGUUGUGGAAGGAAAACAUGAAGACAAGGCAGAUGAUCACGGUUUAAUCUCCAGACACUUCGUUAGAAAAUAUUUAGUACCAGAUCAAUGUGAUCCUGAGAAAGCUACAAGUAAUUUGUCUACAGAUGGUAUUUUAACGAUAACAGCACCAUUAAGACCUGAAGCUGCUGAAAGUAAACGGGAAAAAACUAUAAAAAUCGAACAAACGGGGAAGCCUAUGGUAGAAGAUGAACCUCAGAAAAUAAAACAAACACAAUAGAAAAUGAAUUAAUUUUGUAUAUUUAGUAUUUUUAUGUGUUUAUUUUUUACUGUAUUCAUUAGUGUACAGAUAAUUAUAAUUAUUUUUAUAUAUAUAUAUAUACAUAUACAUAUAUAUUUGAAAGAUGUUUGUUUGUGAUGAAGAAUAAAUGAUGUGUAAAUAUAUUAUAAAAAAAUAGU